UUUCGGGCGAUCUUGGAUGAUGAUGGCACGCUUGACGACGCUCAUGCUCUGCGUGCUGAUGGCGCUUACGGUCGCGGCCAAGGACUACUACAAGAUCCUCGGCGUGGCCAAGAACUUCAACGACCGGCAGCUCAAGAAGGCCUACCGCACGCUCGCGCUCAAGUACCACCCCGACAAGGUCGACGAGGCCGAGCGCGAGACGGCGCAAGCCAAAUUCCUCGAGAUCUCGGAAGCCUACGAGGUGCUGAGCGACCCGAAAAAGAAGGAAGAGUACGACUUGUACGGCGCCGACGGACCGCAGCAGCAGCAGCAGCAACAACAGCAACAGCAUCCGCACGGCCAUCGUCCUGGCGGCGGCGGCGGCUUCCAAUUCCGCGGUGACCCGUUCGAGAUGUUCAACCAGUUUUUUGGCGGCGGCGGCGGCCGGCGUGGGCGCGACCAGCCCCACGAGUUUCAGUUCAACAGCGGCAUGGACGGCUUUGGCGGCUUUGGCCAACAGCGGCAGCACCCACAGCGCGGUCCGCCGCCGCCGCUGUACGCCAAGGAGUCGGACGUCACGCGGCUCUCGCCCAAGAAAUUUCCAGGCAAAAGCGCCAAGAACGAGUGGCUCGUGCAGUUUUACCGCGCGUCCGAUAAAAAGUGCAUCAAGUUCAAGCCGGCAAUGGAGUCGAUUGCCAAGGAUUUGCGGGGCCGCGUCAAGGUCGGCGCCGUCGACUGCGACAAGCACGCGCAGCUCUGCGAGACCCACGGCGUCCGGUCGUCCUUUCCGAGCUUUGGUUACGUCCACCGCGGCGCGUUCACGCCCUACGACGGUGACCUCGACGAGUUUUCCGUCUACAACUUUGCCUUUGAGAAGUAUGCCGCUCGACUGCGGGCCAAGCGCGCGGCCGGCGACGUCGACGAGCUCCAUGGUGGCAACCAAGGCAAGCUCUGCAACCUCGGCAAGGACGCCGAGGCGACGAGCAUGCUCUGCGCCAUUUUUGUGCUCCCGAACAAGCCGUCGGCGGCGAUGAAGGACCUCGUCAAGGCCACGGCAGCCAAGUUCAAGGCAUCGAAAGGCCUUCACGUGGUCUAUGUACACGCAAAGGACCAAAGCCGCGUCCUCUCCAAGCUCCAGGCCCCGCAAGCGCCGACGCUGCUCGUUGUCCGUGGCAAGCCAAAGCAAGUCCGCGUUGGCGUGCUCAUGGGCCAUUUGAACGAAGCCCGUGUUGGCGCGACGCUCGAGCGCGCGAUUGGCGGCGACCUGCCCAUGCAGGCGCACCCCGCGUCGGUCGUCGACUUCAAGUAGACUGCUAUAUAAACUAUAUUAAUGUGUUGGAAACUUUUGUCUUUUGAUCCCGA